AGGGCCUAGAAACUGGAGAUCAGGCGGUGCUGCGGGCAGCUCGGGAGAAGGCCGGGAAGAUGGCGGCCUCUUGGAGGCUGGGUUGUGACCCGUCUCUGCUGCGGUAUCUCCUGGGCUUGGCCAGCCGGCGAAGCUUGCGGCUGGUUGAGGGCUCUGUCGGUUUCUCUGUCGGCCGUGGAUCUAGCUGGAGAUGGUUUCACAGCACACACUGGCUGCGGGUUGAUCCUAUUAAGAUACUAAUGCCAUCACUGUCUCCUACAAUGGAAGAAGGAAACAUUGUGAAGUGGUUAAAAAAGGAAGGGGAAGCUGUGAGUGCUGGAGAUGCAUUGUGUGAAAUUGAGACUGACAAAGCUGUGGUUACCUUAGACGCAAGUGAUGACGGUGUUUUGGCCAAAAUCGUGGUUGAAGAAGGAACUAAAAAUAUUCGACUAGGUUCACUAAUCGGUUUGAUGGUUGAAGAAGGAAAAGAUUGGAAGCAUGUUGAAAUUCCCAAAGAUGUAGGUCCUCCACCACCAGUUGCAAAACCAUCAGAGCCUGGCCCCUCACCAGAACCACAGAUUCCUGUGUCUGUGAAGAAGGGACAGACACCGGGUACACUGCAGUUCCGUUUAAGUCCAGCUGCGCGCAAUAUUCUGGAGAAGCACGCGCUGGAUGCCAGCCAGGGCACAGCCACCGGCCCUCGGGGGAUAUUCACUAAAGAAGAUGCUCUCAACCUGGUCAAAUCGAAACAGACAGGCAAAAUUACUGAAUCCAGACCAGCCCCAGCGCCUGCCCCCACUCCCACAGCAUCUGUACCCCCACAGGUCACCACCGGGCCGUCUUAUCCACGUCCGAUGAUCCCAGCAGUAUCGACUCCUGGCCAGCCUAAUGCUGUGGGCACAUUCACUGAAAUCCCUGCUAGCAAUAUUCGAAGAGUUAUUGCCAAGAGGUUAACAGAAUCUAAAAGUACUAUACCUCACGCUUAUGCUACAGCUAACUGUGAUGUUGGUGCAGUUUUAAAAGUUAGACAAGAUCUGGUCAGAGAUGACAUUAAAGUGUCAGUAAAUGAUUUUAUCAUCAAGGCAGCAGCUGUUACUCUUAAACAAAUGCCAGGUGUUAAUGUAAGCUGGGAUGGACAGGGCCCAAAGCAAAUGCCUUCCAUUGAUAUUUCGGUGGCUGUGGCAACAGAUAAAGGUUUAAUUACACCAAUCAUAAAAGAUGCUGCUGCUAAGGGUCUACAGGAAAUUGCUGACUCUGUGAAGAGCACGAGAGAUCUUCGCAUCUUGGUGUGGCGUUGUGUGUUCCCUGAUCGACGGCCAUGGGCAGUAGUGCUUCCGUUUCUCUGGAGACGAAGCGAGCCUGCCCCAUCUUGCUUGUAUAGUUGUGAACAGCAUGGAGAAGGGCUGCGCAAACCGAAGACGCGUUCAUUCUUCAAGGACAGCACCACUGGGCUUUCCAUAAACCAGCUGCUUCUCACGGCCUGACUUCGUAGCUUUUGGUACAGAUACUUGUUUGUUCCAACUGACAGUAUUUUCUCUAGUAUUUCUCUAUUAGUGAUUAGGUUUGUGUAAGGAAAUUAUUUCUUUAAAAAGAAUGUGAUUGCAGAAGGAGACAAAAGAAUAAUGCCGUAUGAGGAAGGGGUGUGCUAUACUUGGCAGCAGGCGCCGUCCACAUUAUUCUGCUCAUUUGCUGUACGUAGUCAACACUCUUGAGAGGCUAGAACAAUGGAAGUUUUUGUAUGUGGUCAUCUUUUUUUCCCCCUUUAAAUAGGAACUGUGACUAAAAAUUAUGAAGACUUAGAAAAGGCUACACACAUCUGUUAAGAUUUGGGGAUUAAAAUAGCAGUGAAUGUUAGGAUUUUUGCCCUGCUUAUCCCCAGUUGCAAUUUUGGUUGUCACUUGCAGGCAUACCGUUCCUGUUCACUCUGUGUGCUAGGUUGAAACGAUCUGUCUGUCUAGUGCUUGCCAGACUCUUGCUGGAAACACAAAGAAAUCCUUAUUUACUGUUUCAGGUAUUUUAUAUAUUGUCAAAUGGCACUUCCAUUUUUAUGUUAUUUUUCCCCCUUUUCAUUUUGGAUUUAAUUUCAACUAAAUUGUAUAGAGCUGUCCCGUGGGUGUUGUGCAAAAAGCAAACAGCUUUCUAACCUUUAUUGAAAGAUAGGUGAUAUAGUGAGAGUGGAGAAGAAAAAUAAAGCACCAUUUAAGUCUUAGGUUUCAAAGAGAAUUUGUCCACAUUUCACAUUGCAUCACGAUGGCUCUGUCUCAGGUAAAGCGAAGAAAUGAAACACAUGGUGUCGUUAAGAUAAGCAUUAACCAUUAACUAAAUAUGAUGUUAUUGAUGGGAAACUUUUCAGAUUUCUCAGAAAGGAAGUAACUGCAAAAUUACUUUUAAGAUUAGUCCGGCUGCAAUAUGCAAGGUAGUUUAAAACCGAGAUGACGCCAGCCAGCAGGAAACAGUGGAUUUGUUUGCUGUAAUAAAAGCUUGAAUUGAUUAGGAACUGCAGUAGCUCGUGGUCCUUAAAGAAGGGAGAAAAUCAGGAAAGUUUGACUUGUUAGGAUGCUGCGGUGUGUUAGGUACACACGGGGCAGGUGAGUCCCGUCACACAGCAUCCGUGACGUCAUUCCCCAUCCAUAACACGGUUCUCCUUGGCUCCCACGCAGCAGUUCCAAAGGAGAUGAGAUUCUCAUAAGUUACAUAAGGCAAAUGUUGUAUUUCGGGAAACAAAACUUUAUAUAAGUGGAAAAAACAAUCAUCUUUCAAUAAAGCCAUUUUAAAUAGUUCAUGAU